UUUCCAUAGGUUUCGACAGUGUUUCUUCAUCUAGGUGAUUUUUCAAAGACAAAUCCACCCUUCAAUCAUAAUCAAAAUUACAAAUAUUUCUUACCAGCCACCCUCCACAGCCGCAUUGCUUUCUCUCUUUGUCUUUUUGCCCACCAAAACCCGACUCUGGUCUUCUACACACAAAAAAGCAGCUACUCCCAAGCUGAUGGUUGUUAAAUUUUGAUUUUGACCUUUUUUUUUCAAUUUCCUAGGGUUUUACGUAUUCAGUUUCAAUUAGGGUUUUUCUAAAUCCUUUCAUUUCAAGGUCUUUGAAAAAUGAGGCAAGGCAAGGAAGAAGCCAUAUGCAGUAUUGAACAGGGCAUUGACCUGAUUACAGUGGUUAAGGAGGUUCAUGGGCUUAACUCACAGGAGCUUAAUAAGUUGCUGAGAGACUCUGAAAAUUUUACCGUUCACUUUGUUACGGAAAAAGGAUUAGAAGUAAAGAUUGAUGUGGAAAAACUUGCAGGGUUUCUUCCUUUGCACCUUAUUGCAGUGCUCUUAUCAUCUGACAGAGAUGAAGCCCUGCUCAGAUAUUUGUUAUGUGGCAUCCGACUUUUGCAUUCCUUGUGUGAAUUAGCCCCUCGCCAUGCUAAACUUGAGCAGAUUUUGCUUGAUGAUGUGAAAGUAUCAGAACAGCUGAUUGAUCUGGUCUUUUACGUGCUGAUUGUUCUCAAUGAUUAUAGACAGGACAUCCAUGAUUCAAGUCCUCUGCCUCUUUUGCAUUCAGCACUUGUGGCAUGUAGUCUGUAUCUAUUGACUGGAUGUAUAUCUUCACAGUGGCAAGAUCUAGCUCUAGUGAUACUGGCACAUCCUAAGGUUGACAUGUUUAUGGAUGUAGCUUGCAAAACAGUUCAUCUAGUUGUCAGGUUUCUCCAAAACAAGCUGUCUUCUCAGCAUACUGAUAUUUGUGCCAAGUCAAGUCCAACUUCUGAAUCAAUGGUUAAUUAUCUUUGCCAACAAUGUGAGGCUUCUUUACAGUUCCUUCAGUUAUUGUGCCAGCAAAAACUGUUUCGGGAGUGCUUAUUGAGGAAUAAGGAACUAUGCCGAAAGGGUGGUAUUCUUUUUCUGGCUCAAUCCAUCCUGAAGUUACAUGCACCAUAUUUUGUAGAAUCUUCCACAAUAAUGGCUGCAUUGUCUAGGCUGAAAGCUAAAGUCCUGUCAAUUUUAUUGCAUUUGUGUGAAGCAGAAAGCAUUUCUUACCUUGAUGAGGUUGCCAGCUCUCCAGGAAGCCUGGAUUUGGCGAAAGCUGUUGCACUUGAGGUCCUUCAGUUGUUGAAGACUGGACUUAGUAAAGAUCCCAAACAUCUCAGUGCUAGUUCUGAUAGAACCUAUCCUAUGGGGCUUCUUCAACUUAAUGCAAUGCGUCUAGCUGAUAUUUUUUCUGAUGAUUCAAACUUUCGAUCUUGCAUCACUGUGUACUUUACUGAGUUUUUGAGUGCAAUAUUUUCACUCUCUCAUGGAGAUUUUCUAUCUAUGUGGUGUUCUGCUGAUUUCCCUGUAAGGGAAGAAGAUGCUACCCUGUAUUACGAAUUAUUUCCAGCAGCUGGAUGGGCUUUAUAUUCAGUUUCAUCAUCAGACCUAUCAAAUACAAAAAAUCUGGAAUUCACUCUUAUGCCCAACAACAUGUCUCAGGCUUCCUAUGCACAUCAAAGAACGUCUUUAUUUGUCAAAGUAAUUGCAAAUCUUCAUUGUUUUGUUCCUAACAUCUGUGAAGAGCAGGAGAGGAACCUCUUCCUUCACAAGUUUCUUGGGUGCUUGCAAAUGGAUCCAUCUAAGUUAUUACCUGGUUUUGCCUUUAUCUCUGGUCCACAAAAAGCUGCUGCUAUUUCUAGGAACCUGCGUUCCCUGUUAAGUCAUGCGGAAUCUUUAAUUCCUACUUUUCUGAAUGAGGAGGAUCUCAAGCUUUUGAGGGUAUUCUUUGUCCAAUUACAAUCACUGAUAAAUUCUGCUGAAUUUGAAGAAAACCGGGUUCAGGAGGAUCGACGUCUAAGGGGGUGCUCAUCUCCUUUACUGAAAAGAGAACCUUCAAACCUUAAUAACCAAAAUGGUAACCUGAAAGAAGAAAUGUCUGAGAAUUCUGCUUUCCAAGACGAGCAGUUUUAUGUCAGAAGCAAUCAUAUGGAUCAAGCUGAUAUUAUAACAAGGCAAGACAUGAUGGACUGUAAAGAUAAAUCUGUUACGCCUAGUGGUUUGAAGGAGAUUGACAGAGAUGUUCAGAAUGUUGAAACAAGUGGUUCAGAUACAAGUUCCACGAAGGGAAAAAAUGCCAUUGAUAAAUUAGUAGAGCAUCUCAGAGAAAGUACUCAUGCAGGUGUUCGAGAGGAUGAAAAAGUCGAAACUGUCCAAACUGAAGAAAAGCAACCAAGGAAAAGGAAGCGAACUAUAAUGAAUGAUGGACAGGUGACAAUACUAGAAAGAGCCCUUCUGGAUGAACCUGAAAUGCAGAGAAAUGCUGCUUCUAUACAAUCAUGGGCUGAUAAAUUAAGUCAUCAUGGCUCAGAGGUCACAUGUUCACAGCUAAGGAACUGGCUCAACAAUCGAAAGGCCCGGCUUGCACGCGCAAGUAAGGAUUCUCGUCCCCCUCCGGAGCCUAACAAUGCUUUUGCAGGAAAGCAAGGUGGGCUGCAACAAGGUCAUUCAUUAAAUGCACCUGAUAGUCCUGGUCAAGAGACUGCCCCCUCAAAUACCAGAGGUACUAGAAGCAUAUCAAGAAUUAACACCAGUGAAAACCCAGAUGCUUCAGAAUUUGUUGAUUUUGGUGCUGCAGAAUUUGUUCAGUGCAAGCCAGGUCAGUUUGUUGUGCUUUUAGAUGGAAGAGGUGAGGAGAUUGGUAAGGGAAAAGUACAUCAGGUGCACGGUAAAUGGUGUGGCAAGAGCUUGGAAGAAUCAGUUAAAAGAGAAAUACUAAGCAAGCAAAGCAUUAUGGUUGCAAAGGGUCGCCAGAAUGCCACUGACUCUCUAAAAGUGGAGGUGGGAGAGAUAGACACUAGUGCUCCUUUUCAAUCUGUUAAAGAUGCUGUCACACUUUUUGGUGAAGGUGCUUUCUCUGGGGAAAAACCUGCCAUUAAAAAGGCAAAAGCUCACUCUGCAGAGACAGUACUGGCCAAGGAGACACAGCUUCACCUGGCUCAAAAAGAGUUGAACAAGUUAAAGGAGCAACUAGAAAAUGCUGAGACAACUAAGGCUCAAGCACUUGUAGAGAUUGAAAGGGCUAAAAAAAUGGUUGAGGAACUGACUCACAAACUCAAAACUGUUAAUGAAUCAAAGGAUUCUGCAAUCAAGGCCACAGAAGCUGCAAAGAAUCAGGCAAAGCAGAUUGAAGAAGCAAAUUCUGGUAAUCUCCCUGGACCUGAUGGUGCUAUGAGCCAGGACUUGGAAACUGCAAGGGAACAAUACUUGACUGUGAUUACCGAACUUGAUGCUGCAAAACAAGAAUUGAGGAAGGUUCGCCAGGACUGUGAUGCAUCCUUAGAAGCGAAAAAUGCUGCCUUCAACCAAACAGAAGAAGCUGAACAUGCAGUGAAGGUUAACAUGGAGAAGGUUGGCAAGCUCUCUAGGGAAAUUUCAGCUAUACAGGAAUCAAUUGGACAAGUGAAGCUUGCAUCUCUUGAAUCACAGCAAGAACAAGCUAAAAUUUUUGCGGAAAAGGAUACACAGAGGCAAUUAUAUAAAGCUACCCUUGAAGAGUCAACAAAGAGGUUGCUAGCUUUAAAGAAUGAAUAUGACCCUGAACUUACACGAAAUCUUGAAGCACAACUGUCCGAAACUGUCAAUCAGAUUGGGGCUUUGCAGAAGCAGAUGGAAAAUGCAAAGGCUUCUGAUCUGGAGUCUGUGCAAACUGUUACUUCUGAGCUUGAUGGUGCUAAAGAAUCACUGCUAAAAGUUGCUGAAGAGGAAAGCUCCUUGAGGAGUUUGGUGGAGUCUCUUAAGGUGGAACUAGAGAAUGUGAAGAAAGAGCAUUCUGAACUGAAGGAGAAAGAAGCAGAAACAGAGUCCAUUGCUGGGAAUUUGCAUGUCAAGCUUCGGAAAAGUAAAUCUGAGCUGGAAGUUUUCCUUGCAGAGGAAUCCAAAACAAGAGGUGCCUGUGUAGAAAUGAUUUCAACCCUUCAACAGUUGUUGGUGGAAACAGAAAAUGCACAACGAGAGGCAGAAGAGAUGAAGAAGGAAGCUGAGAAGUUAAAGUUGGAAGCUGAAUCCUCAAGAAUCGCACUUGAGGAAGCAGAUAAGCAACUCAGAGUUGCCAUGGAAGAAGCUGAAGCUGCAAAAGAAGCUGAGACAAGGGCGCUUGAUCAGAUAAAGAUGCUUUCUGAGAGAACAAAUGCUGCACGUGCCUCAACCUCUGAAUCUGGUGCCAAUAUCACUAUCUCCAGGGAAGAAUUUGAGUCUUUGAGUGGUAAAGUUGAAGAGUCUGAUAAGUUAGCUGAAAUGAAAGUGGCAGCCGCCUUGGCUCAGGUGGAAGCUGUGAAGGCUAGUGAAAAUGAGGUCCGCAAGAGGUUAGAGGCGACUCAGAAAGAGAUUGAAGACAUGAAGGUUGCCACUGCAGAUGCUUUGAAGAAGGCAGAGAUGGCUGAAGCAGCGAAGAGGGUGGUAGAGGGAGAGCUCCGAAGGUGGCAUGAAAGGGAACAGAAGAAAGCGGCUGAAGCUGCAUCUCGUAUUCUGGCAGAAGCACAGAUGUCAGCUGAAUCUUCCCCACAGCACUACAGAAUUCAAAAGCAAAACCCACCACAGAAAAUUGUUCAGGCUAGAAAGUUGGAAAAAGAGAAGUCUUCUGUCUCAAAAAAGGUGCUUUUACCUAGUAUCAGUGGUAUCUUCAAUCGAAGAAAGAACCAAAUUGAGGGUGGAUCUCCCUCUUAUCUGCCUGGUGAGAAGCCUCUGUGAACAUUGCAUGUGCCGGAUCUUUGUACAUUUAUCAAUGGUUGAGUGAAACAUAUUUGAUUGUGUACAUCUGAGAACUGUGGAAGCAAAUCUUUGUUAUUCUUGUCUGUUAGGAAUUUAAAGUGGAAUAUCUAAGGAUUAGUUUGCUAGCAACAUGGGGUAACUGACUUCUUCCUAUAUGACUACUGUAGUUAAUUGAUAACUUGGCAGUGAAAAUGAAUGCUUGUAUAUAUAUUCUUGGAGGGCAGUGUGACAGCAAUGAUGUCGAUGAAGCUUUGGCAGUAUGCAAAUUUAGGCUUUUGGUCACCCAAAGACUGGUAGAAGCAGCUGGCAAUUGUGUGUUUCAUAAUAUCCUAGAGAUCAAUGAAUGCAUCCAGGCAUCCUCCAUGAUCUAUUCUUGGAGACGAACUUUUAAGUUGGUGUCCAACUUUUAAGAAGCAAACCAAAGCCUUCUCAUCGUGAGAUUUUAAUGUAACAAAUUAUGCAUUUUCCUUGAACCUAAGCUCUUGGUGGGUGAGAAUUCGGGGUCGAGUUUGGUGGAAACCACCUUCACCAUAUGCAGGCAGCGUGGGUCAUUCCUCAAUAGGGAAAGUUACAUGUUAACAAUACAAAAUUACAAAAUAAUAAAUCAUCCUAGAGUAUAUACAGAGAAAGAAAGAUCGACUGAUAACAAUAACAUAGGUUCCUAGCAUCCUGAUUGCCAGCCUGAAAGCAAUCUAAUUUGCAAUUUUUGGAUUGAGCAGGUGAGUCUAAUUCAAUUUUUAAUAAAGUAUGACUAUAGUUGGCAUAACUUAGAUGAGUGUAAAUCUGAUACCAUGAGUAUUAGAUUUUUGUAUCAUGUAAAUCUCUUUUAGUGAUUGAAUUGUUGAUAUGAAUGGCAGAGGAGGGGAAGUGGAAAACAAAAUCAUUAU